UGUGUGACUGGCUGAACAAAACGAUACCCGAAGUUAACGAUGAUAACAGAGUUGUGUCCCUUUGAUAUUCAUGCUCACCAUCUGCACUUCAGGCAUCUGAUUCACUUUAUAUUUCCAAGCUUCGCAAUGUCCGGUGAGAGCCGAGAAUCUGGAUAUGUGGACAACUGGCAGUCAGGGAACACUGUCACAGAGUGUAAUCUGCGUAUGCUCGACACGGAAGACUUCUGUGACGUCACUUUCUUGUUGGGGUCAGAGAAACAGGUGGUCCGAGCUCACCGCUACGUUCUUGUCAGUCGCAGCUGUGUCUUCCAUGCAAUGUUCUGUGGCCCCCUGGCGGAGAAAGGGGAGGUAACCAUUCCUGAAAUUGCGGCAGACAUCUUCAAAGAGUUCCUGAGGUAUGUGUACACAGACAAGACUACUAUCAACACUGAAACAGUCACAGGACUGAUGUACACCUCCAGAAAGUAUUCUCUAGAUGCAUUGUACGAUCUGUGUGUAACGUUCCUGGAGACGUCCCUGUCAGAAGACACUGUCUGCCAGAUCCUGGAGGAGUGUCAUGGUUACGGGGAGCUGGACCUGGAACAGAAGGCCCUGACGAUCCUGACUGAAGGAGGGGAGAGUGUCAUCAAAUCUCCAGGAUUUGAAGGUCUUUGUCCUGACUGUCUGGAAAAGUUCCUUAAAUCAAACACUCUGAACCUGAAAGAGACAGACAUAUUUGAAGCAGUCGUGUCGUGGAUAAAGGAGCGGUGCAGGAAGGAAGGUGUGAGUGACACGCCUGAGAACAGACGGAGACUCCUGGGAGAGAUGAGGUAUGAGAUCCGGUUUACCAGCAUCCCCCUGGAGUUCCUGGUGAAAGUUGUAGGCCGAUCUGGUGUGCUGACAAACAGUGAGAGAGUUCAGAUAAUUGACAGAUCUGUUGACUCGACUGUUGAUAUUUCUCCAUUUACAACUGUACAGAGAAUGAAAUCAGGCGUUGCUCAGAUACAAGAGUCCUAUAUUUGCAAACAUGUAAGCAGAUUUCCAAAAAUGCCAGAUCGGCAUUGGUAUUUUCCACGCAGCAGGCAUGCUAUCUCGUUUUCUGUCACUCACAGCAUUCACCUGAAAGGAUGUCAGCUCUUCCGUGAAGAGAGUAAUGAAGACAUCCUACUGAGUAUAUGGGUGUAUGACCAAAAUAACACAGUGGUUGCUGCACCCUUAAGAAACACUUUGAAGUCUCUUCAAAUGAACCAAAAGGUGACUGAUGUCCUAUUUCCCGAGUCUGUACUACUGCAGCCAAGCACAACCUACACUGUGUGUGUGGACCUAUCUCCCGGUAAGUAUUACAACAGUGUUAGAGGAAAGAAGACUGUAACCAGUAAUGGAGUACAGUUCACAUUCUCACACUCCCUACUGGACACUGCAGGAACAUCACCACGCAUUGGAAACAUACCUGGCUUGAUAUUCAGCAUCCCAAAACAGAUGUAGUGUGUGAAUUCAUGGUUAUACUGUCAAUACAUCCACUCACCCAUGGGAUGAGAUAAUGACCGCAACAUUCAGCUAACAUCCUAUGUGCUGUUUGUACAGGAUUUGAUGUGAAUACUUAAUUGGAAUUUCAAUUGGAUGUACAUUUAAACAACACUGACAGCUUGUGCAUUGUAUGUUACGUUCACAUGUAACAUCAUUUCCGUUUCAAACAGACAGACAGUUUAUUCAGUAAGAAGGCCAUAGGCCCACAAUACAGACAAUGGUUGAUUGCAUGAACUACGCAUGCCAAGGAAGUAGUCGAUUUAAGUUUCUCUUAGCCGUUGACUUAGAUUGACUGACUGCCUGUGAAAUAAUGCGAUUUACAUAUCAAAUAAUGAAAUAUUGUACUACACACUGGAGUGUUUUAAUGUUUCGAUUGCAGCUGAACACAUCUUCUUACAUCAAGUGAUGCGUGCAUGUGUAAGCGUUACUGUUAUGAAUGUACAGAAAUGUUGCUCCAAGCUGUGUACAGUGAUUAGCCCCUGCCUACAGAAACAAAUACCUUGUUGGGUUGUGUUUCGCCGUUGUCAGACAUUCUUUAUGUAUAGACUCAAAACACCAGGUACACUUCCAAAUUUCAUUUUAAUCAUCAUAUUUCAUUAAUUAAAUAAAGUUAAGUUAGCGAGAAAAUAAGUCAAUUCUUAACAUUAAGUCCAAAAAUGGCAUAUACUCGGUUCUCUACUAACACGGGUUCGUCUAUUCAAAUAAAUAUAAUGUUAGCCAAAAACAUAAUGGGAAUAAGUCAGGCAGGGCAGGGUAACUACGGCAGUCUGUAAUUUGUUGUCUCCAAUCAAGGACCUUUACAACUUCAACUGUAACGGAUUUGUUUUCUUCUCUCAUGAUCAGUGUACACACACACACGCACGCACGCACACACGCACACACACACACACACGCAUGCACGCACGCACCCCAAACAAAACAAACAAACUGUCGUCAUUGUUCCUGGCGUUGAUAAAAUACUUGGCAAUUUAUGAAGUCAAUGUCUUGCUGAACUAUGUACCAAUCCAGAUAUGCAGAAAAUUAUCAGAUUGUAGAGCUUUCUUUUUGAUAUUGCAUCUUUAAAUUAUUGAUUGUACCUACAGCUCACAUCAAAAGGAGGGACCAUGGUGAUAGAAAGCCAGCUACUCAUUUAUGUGAUUACUACAUCAAUAUUGACAUUAAGUAUUGGACAUUGCACCUGUAAUUCUGUUUGUGUAACCUGAACAUAUUAUUUAAAUCACCUGCGCUAGAAACAUACUUUCCGUCACUACGGAAGCAAGCUACAUUCAUGUGUUAUUCAAUAAAUCUCAAUAAAAACUG